AUGGAGAAGGACAUUGAAACAAAGGGACAGGGGGAUGUCCCCCAGGAUGUCAACUUCCGAGCCAUCGCCGAAGGAACUUCUGAUCUCGUCUACCAACAUGAUCAACUUGAACGUGGACUCAAGAGUCGACAUAUUCAGUUCCUCGCUCUUGGUGGAGCUAUCGGAACUGGUCUUUUUGUUGGUUCUGGUGUAACCCUUUCCAUCGUCGGACCCCUGCCUCUCUUCUUUGGCUACAUCGUCAUGAUGCUCAUUGUAUGGAACAUCAUGAACAACCUAGCAGAGAUGGCCACCCUCCUACCCGUCAAAGGUGUCACGGUCCCGUACUUUAUCGAUCGCUUCGUCUGCCCGAGCUUGGGCUUCGCUGCUGGUUGGAACUACUGGAUGGCUUAUGCGUUGCUCAUCGGCGCCGAGGCCUCAGCUGUGGCCAUCCUCUUUGACUAUUGGAAUACGAACGUCCAUUCUGCUGUCUGGCUGACCAUCUACCUUGUCGUCAUUCUCGGCCUCAACAUUAUUGCCGUUUCCUUCUUUGGAGAAACCGAGUUUUGGUUUGCCAGUAUCAAGCUCAUCACCAUUGUCGGUCUGAUUCUUACUGGUCUGGUCAUUAUGCUUGGCGGAGCCCCCAACGGUGACCGGAUUGGCUUUAGAUACUGGAACAACCCUGGUGCUGUCAAGACGUACUUGGUCCACAGCAACAAGAACACGGGUCGCUUCCUGGCUUUCUGGACGGGCAUCAUCCGAGCCGGUUUCGCCUACAUCACCUCACCCGAACUGAUCGCCGUGGCCGCAGGUGAAACCAUUGCACCUCGUCGAAACAUUCCCAAGGCAGCAGGCCGCUUCGUCUAUCGUCUUGCAAUCUUCUACGGCCUGGGAUCGCUGAUGAUCGGCAUCAUCACCCCGUCCAACGAUCCCAACCUUCUCAACCCAGAGUCCAACGCAAACUCAUCCCCCUGGGUCAUCGGAAUCCAAAACGCCGGCAUUGGAGUUUUGAACCACAUCAUUAACGCUGCCAUCUUGACCUCGGCCUGGUCUGCUGGAAAUGCCCUGCUAUACGCAGGAAGUCGUGUUCUGUACAGUCUCGCGGUCAACGGCCAAGCCCCUCGUUUCCUCAGGCACACCAACAGAAGGGGUGUUCCUUGGGUUGCCAUCCUGUGCACCUGGUCCAUCGGUAUUCUAAGCUUCUUGAAUGUCAACAACAGCGGUGCCAAGGUGUUUACUUGGUUCAUGAACCUUACAACCAUCAGCGGCUUCAUUGCUUGGAUUCUCAUCAUGAUCACAUUUAUCCGUUUCCGCAAGGCGCUAGAGGUCCAAGGCCUUAUGCACACGCUGCCUUACAAGACAAACCUGCAGCCAUAUGCAACAUAUUUCAUGUUGGUCCUACUCAUCCUUCUCACCCUUACCAACGGAUUCCAAGUCUUCUUCCCUGGCAACUUUAACGCAUCUGACUUCCUUGCUGCAUACAUCACUCUGCCCAUCUUCCUUGCUCUGUACAUUGGUCACAAGAUAUAUAGCAGGUCUUGGCGGUUUGCCUAUCCGGUGGAGGAGGUGGAUGUCGUCACCGGCGUCAAGGAGAUGGAAGAACUGGCAGCCUUGGAUGAACGCCCAGUGCCCAAGAAUCUCUGGCAAAAGAUUUGGUUCUGGAUUGCUUAA